CUUUCGGGUAAGAAAAACGUUUGCAUUUGUCAUGCGCAUUCUGUAGUAUGUGCUAUUUUGAACCACAGUCAUAUAUCGUUAUAAACCAACUUCUACAAUUCCCGAACAUGAAAGAAAUCUAGAGGGUUACAGACACAAAAACAAGGAAAACCCCUUGAGAGGACAGGUGGAGGAAAGAGAGUGCAUAUCUGGGAGGUCCUUUAGUGAGGUCUGUGCUUGAGUGGUUCCCAUGCCAACAGUGAAUGGAUCUAUGUUUGGAGCAUGCUCAGUGUGGAGCUGAUGUCUGUAACAAUAGCUGAGAGAGCUAAAGGAGCUCACACGCUGCCAUCACAUCAGACUGGAUAGACCUCUGCCGUAUUACUGACACGCUGCUGCCUCUCGUCUCUUACCUGGAUUUUUUUCAUUGGAAUAAGUUACCAGUGCUUGGGCCAUCAGCAGUCUGGCAUUGUGGAUGCUGUGAUUGCCUCUUAAAAAAAACACGAAAUAAAAGCGACACAUUCUGUUGGCUCACAGUCUGUGAACUGAAACCUAUAGCAAUUGGAGUAAAGGUCCUUACACAAAGUUAAUUAAGAUGGGGGUCGUAGUCUCGGUGCUCCUCUCUGAAACCCAGAAGCUUUGUCUGUGGCCAUGCCUGAUGUGAAAGCUCAACAAUGUGAGUACUCCCCAGCAGGGUCUCCUGCAGGGUGUGGCAUGGACCUGUCCGUCCUCAGGUCCCCACUUUCUCCUUUUCCUCAUCACGGUGUGCCCCACUUUCCUGCCCAAGACGUAGCACUGGGCCACUGUCCUCCUGGUUGUGACAACAAUAAUGGCCUGCUCAGCAACCUGGGGCUCUACUGCUCCACCAGCAGUAUGUAUCCCCUUAAGCACCCUGAAGCUCGGUCUCACUACAGAACAAAUUGUUUUCCGCAAGGCUGUGUGAAUGCAAGCGGGACCCGGCUUUAUCGCAGCCUGGAAAACCUGCACUGGGUAUCCGACUCCAGUGCGUAUCCUUACAGAAGUGUCGAUAGCGAGUUUAUUCUUCACUGCACUUCAAGCAGCCAUUGGUGUGAUGGACCUCCUCAUGGACCACAGAUCUAUGGCGUACUGCCUUCCUCUGAAAGUUUGGCAUUGUAUAGCCGUCGAGGAGUGGUCAGAAAGGACAUACCGCUAUUCCCACAGUGGCUCUUGCCCAAGGUUGAGGACUGGGGUGUGAAUGGAAAUGCUCGGAAAGGCCUCAGAGAUAAGCUUCGGCUCCAGAGCACACGUGUGACCGAGCCCCACAAACCCUUGCGACCUCAACCUGUGGUUGGUAACGUGUCAUCACCGAGGUAUCAAUGUAAUGUAGCGGGUCCGCCAUCUUCUUUGGGACAAAGAAGUAGAGAGCAAGAGCUGUGUGCCCGUCGCAUCACGAGUCCAGAGGAGAUCAAGCGGGAAGCGCUGCGACGACUGCAGCUCCGCAGACAAAGAAGCACCCCAAACCUUGCACUGAGCUCCAGACAGGAGUGUAGUGACAUCAAUAAAGCUUUUACCUCAGAUCCCAUCUGCACCAGCUCUGCCCAGUCAACCCCUGAAAGAAAAAGACCAUCUGUGGGCCGCUUGCACAUACCUACAUUUGAGGAGUUUAAGAGAAUGAGGCAGAAGGAAAGCAGCACAACCAAAAUUCAAUCUAGUGGAGAGGUAGAGAGUAAUGACAAGCUUAAAGAGGUUAACAGGGAACAGAAUAGAGAAAGGACUGAUAUCAGUAUCAGCCAAACCAACAACACCGCUGAGGAUUUAAACCCUCCUUGUGUACACAGUGGAGAGGAGAUGUCUAAACCCAGUACUACAGCCGAGGUGCCAGGUGCACCCAUCUGCACAGGACCUGUGGCCCGUUCGCCAUUACAUCCUCAAGCUGGUACCGGAAAAAGGGAGGAGACUAAGGCCCCCACAGGCCCAGGGGCCACAGAUGUGGUUGUUCUCCCCUUCCCGCUCCACAGGGAGAGUGGCAAUGGACCCUCCAGCUGCUGCCCCGCAAUUCUUCUGGAUAGCACAGACCUUUCCAGUUACGGGGCUAAAAUCUACAAAAUGAAGGAUGGCUUCCUGGGAUCCGCUCUGGACCUCAUUAAAAAAAGCUGCAGUGCAGAUAUUGCAUCCGAGACCCCCGUCCGACCGUCGCGUGAACAGAAUGACGUCGCUGACAUCACCGCUUCCCAGCCCAGCCAUCAAUCUGCCCGCGUUGCCAUGACAACGUCGGCCUGCGGAGAGGAGGCUUGCGCCGAGCCCACGGGACAAGGGGGGAAAGCGGCACCAGAAUGCGUUUCUGGAGCAGGCUGCAGACGCUCCAGCUCAGACGCGGCCUAUGAGCUGGCUGAGUCAGUGAGGGCCCAGCGUGAGUGCCGCCUGCGGCCCCAUUACAGCGACCCCAUGCCUGCAGACGCUGCCAAGCGGAAGCAGCUGGAGAUGAAGAUCGCCGCAGCGGCACAUUUGCACAUUCACCGCAGAGAGAGGGACAGCGCGCCAAGCACCACCAGGGGCCGCUCGGAGCCCAGAGGUGAAGAGAGAAGCAGGGGCUUAGGUGUGACCCGGACAGGACAGCAUCGCUGGAGUACAGUCAGCAGUCUGAGCGCAGACAGUGGAGUCGUAGGGUUUAGCGAUGAGCGUGAAGAAGAGGAAGACCCAAGACGUGCUCGCCACAGCGCCGGAGCAGAGGUGGAACGCAUGGACAGUGGAAUAGGCCCCGGUUUGGCUCGGAGAUGGAGGAGACCCUCCCCAUCCCUCAGAAACUGGGACGUUCAACAGCCCUGCCAUGACUGCGGUCACAAAGAGGAAGCACGCGGGGAGGGCAUGUGCGAACACUGCUCCAAACUCCGUACCGAACGCAAAGAAGCCAUCAUGGAGUUUCUCAACACCGAGUCGAGUUAUGGAGAGGACCUGCGCAUCAUCAAGGAAGAGUUUUACUGUCCCAUGCAGAGUGCAGGGCUGCUUACAGCCGAGCAGCUGAUUGUGGUCUUCAGUAAUGUUCAGGAACUCAUAGAUGUCAAUGAAAGGUUCACAGAACACCUGCAGGACAGCAUCGAUCAGGCAUUUGAUCAGGGUGAUGAGGAUCUGCAGACUGUGUGUAUUGGAGAAAUCUUCUUGGAGUUUGUCAACAUGCUUCCAGCAUUUCAAACCUACUGCCUGCAACAAUCCACAUCUGUGAACAUGCUCAACACACUUGAGAAAGAAAAAGAGCUUCUUAGGAUAUUCCUUGAUGUUUCCCAAAAUGACAACACUGCGCUCAGGCGUAUGAACCUGCGUUCCUUCCUAAUGGCUCCUCUUCAGCGCGUCACCAAGUACCCACUGCUUCUGAGUCGCAUCAGCAAGGCCACCAACGAGUGUCACCCCGACUACUCGCGUUUAAAAGAAGCCAAGAGCCGCGUGGAGUCCCAUCUAGAGCAUAUCAACAUGAAGACCAAACAGGAGGGCACCGCCACAUGGUCCCUGCGCUCGUUCCGGCGCGAUAGCCGCAAGAACCGAGAGGUGAUCAACAUCGAAAUGAGAGAGUUGUCUAUGAAGACCGUGGGGUGGGCACGGGAGAGCACACGCUUCAUCAUGGAAGGACCUCUUCAACUGGCACAGCCCGCCGAUGGCCAAUGGCUUAAAAAGGGAAGCAAAUCCCUCAAAUUCCAGAACGUUCAGAGUUUGUUAAUGGUCCGCACAGAGACUUCAGCUGAUGGGGGUCUCAGGGGAGAGCAAUUGGAGAGUACAGAUAUGGUGCAGGACAGUGUACUGGUGCUCAUCAAAGACAAAAGCAGCGGAAAGUUCACCGUUUUACGGGAGCCCAUCCGUCUGGCUAACUGCGUGGUAUCCACCGACCCCGACUGUGAUGAUACUUUUGAGGUGCUGGACAUCCGACGAGAGGCCUUCGUAUUUCGUGCCUCAGACAAACCGCGCACGCAGCAGUGGUUUCGUCAGGUCAAGAGAUAUGCCUGUGAUUUGGGAUCGUGGAGAAAACGACGCAACGCUCUCCCAAAUAUCAUGAUUAACACAGGACAGGGCCGGUCAUGACACUGACCCCUAAACCCUUUUGUUGACAGUAUUUGUGUUGGAGAAUAAGAUCUGAUGAGAUGUUUCUCCAACAAUCGACUUUUAAAUCGCAAGGUUUUACUGUGAUUUAAAAGAUUAAUAUUGAGGACACUUUGUAUAACUGGAAAGCAAAUAAAUUGAGAAAAAGGGAAAAACUUUACUGUCAAGCAAAAAGUAAGCACCGAAAUGAGGACCUUACUCGAUGCCUCGCUACUGCACUUGUAUAACACUGAUUGUACGGCCAGUUCACUACUGAGAAAGAGUGAUGAAAUGGUUUCCGUGAUAAGCAUGAGAGAAAAGGUUUGUGUUAUAAGAAACUUUCAUGUGGAUAUUUGAUCUUGUUUGUAUGAAGAGCUCAGAGUCGGUUUGUUUUCUGAUCAUGGUCCCUUCUCUUCCCGUAAGCAACUACUGGAUUCUCACUGCCAUAAGAUCCAGAGCAGUUCUCAUACAUGUAACACUGUGCUGGUCUACCAAGCAGCAAUAAUCUUCAUUGCAUUAUGUAGCAUUUUAUUUUUUAGGGUUUAUUUGCAGGUAGCCAUCCUCCUGCGAGACGUUUAUUAUCAGUGAGGGUAAAGUCUAUACUCUAUACAUCAAAACAUCACUGUCUUGCCUAUGGUUGGCCAUUAAACCACUUCCAGAAUUGCAAGGAAAAUGUCUCUCUGCCCUAAUUUAUGUCAUUUAUGCUUUUGCUUUCCUUUGUAAACAUUGAGAGGAGGAAAUACGUGCCUUUAUUUUUCUUUGACACUAAAUAAAGUCAAAUUGUUUUCUCAUUUGCCCACAAAUCGGUCUAAAAUAAUAAGAAAGCAAAAAACUUCAGUAGCUGCUAACACGUUAAAAUGUUCUCACAGUGAUCGCUAAAUGUUACCAGUUUUUGUUUGAUGCACUUUAAGGUCCAAUAAAUGAGGACAUUGUUCUGCAGUUUAUGAAGUUUUACUGUACUUUGUCUUCAAGAUUGUUUAAGCUUUAAGAGAAUUAUGAACCACAACUUAGCAAUAGCUAUGAACCACAUUCAGUAAUUUUGGCCUUUAGGUUUUUCUAUGAGUAGUUACUGUUUUUCCAAUGGCAUUGAUACUGUUAGAAAUAUCAUAGCUUCCAUUACAUACAUACAUACAGUAACAGAAAGGGGAGUUUAACUUUUAUUUGAGACCUAUCAAGCUGUUCCGUUCUUAAAGAAACUUAAUUUAAUAUUUUUGUUGUGUAACAUACUGUGAAUUAAAAUAAAAAAAUGAAAAUA